AUGUUCUUGUUCUGUCUUCUCCUGGUGGUUUACUGUGGGGCAAUAUAUGGGAACCUCCUGAUAAUCACCCUGGUGUCCACCAGCAAGAUCCUCCACACUCCAAUGUACUUUUUCAUCUCACAACUGUCCAUCGGUGACAUCUUGCUAGCCACUGAUGUUGUCCCCAACAUGCUCCACAUCCUACUGAAUAAUGGGGGGGCCAUGACCAUUAUAGGUUGUCUUACUCAGUUUAAUUUUUUCUGUGCCUCAGAAGUAUUUGAAUGUCUCCUCCUUACAGUGAUGUCAUAUGACAGGUAUGUGGCCAUCUGUUAUCCCCUUCAUUACACCUCCGUUAUGACAAGUGUUUGUUGUGUAAAGUUGGCCAUCAUCACAAUGUUACUUGGUUUAUCUAUGGCUUUUACUGAAGUUAUAACAAUAUCAAUGCUGACAUUUUGUGGACCGAAUAUUAUUGACCAUUUCUUCUGUGAUCUACUACCUUUGCUAGAUGUUUCAUGUUCAGACACCUUUAUUGUCCAGAGAGAAAUCUUCUUACUUAGCAUACCAUCUGUUUUCAUACCGACCGUAAUAAUCAUUUAUUCAUAUGUUAAUAUUGUUCUUGCUAUUAUAAGGAUCCCAUCCAGUACUGGAAGACAGAAAGCCUUCGUCACCUGUAGCUCCCAUCUCACUGUGGUCUCCAUAUUUUAUUGGUCUUUGUUCAGUGUGUAUGUUGUCCCGAGUAAAGGGAAAACCUUGACUAUUAGUAAAAUCCUCUCCUUGAUUUACACUGUAUUUACCCCUAUGAUGAACCCCAUAAUAUAUAGUUUGAGAAAUAAAGAUAUAAAAAGAGCUGCAUAUGACAUAAUCCAUAAGUAUAGCAGGUGA